AUGAAUGUCGUUCAAAACCCCGUCGAUGCCAUCGAGGAUUACACUCCAUUCAGAAGCAUUCAACUCCCAGCAUCUUUGAUUCUGGGAGCUGCUUUAAACGCUUUAGGUAUGUCUCUCAUCUGCUCCUUCGUGAUUCAGCGUAUCAAGAUCCAGGGAAAACAAACGAAGCGAGGUGGCACAACAACAGAGUUGAGAAUAUUCAGAAGCGACGAUGCUAAUAAAACACCGAACCUUAAAGCCUGGGGCACAAUCUUACUUCGCGAACGAAAAAUAGGCCGACGAGUUGACAACCUCGAGCCUCGUAUCGAUAACCUUGAACCUCGACUUGCAGCCGUCGAGCACGAACUUCAAGAACACGUGGAACUCGAAGCACCUGAGUACAAGCAGGAGACGAACCUAGACUGGCAUGAUGACAGCGGGAAGUUAAAAAGCGUGAAGCGAAGCGGUUCUGCCGACGAGCUUAAUGUGGCCGAAAAGUUCAACAGAUACUCGGACGACAACAUGCACUCAAAUCCCAAGACGCUCUGCACGACUGCGAGAAGGUCGAAAUAUUUGAAAAUGCAGAUUAGUGCGAUUAAACGAAGAAAACAAGAUACCAUUAAAGAGACUGAAAGCGGCGAUGAGAAAGUUACGCGAUAUGAAAUUAAAUCUGCUGGACUGCUGCGAUGCAGCGUUCAAGAUGCCUGGCUGACUUGGGGAUUCAGAGUCGUUUUCACUGAUAUGGGACCGCUGUUCUUUGCCAGCUUCCUCACCAAUAUUCUCUGGUAA